AUGGUCUGCUGUGUGUGGCCUUGCAGGGCCUGGAUGACCCGGGAGCCGCGCCGGGCACUGAUGGGCACCCGGCAGGUGUUGCUCUUGGGGCUCGAUGGCGUUGGGAAGUCAGCUUUCCUCUGGCUCUGCGAAAACCGGAACAGCCAGCGGCUUCCGGCUGAGAGGCUGGUGCCGACCAUGGGAGUGCAGAAACUGACCAGAGCUGAGGUCCCGUGCAAGCAGGGGUUCGUCAAUCUGGACCUUACUGAGAUCGGUGGCAACAUGCGGCUGCGGGAAUAUUGGCAGCACUACCUGCGACCGUCGCUUAGUUUGGUCGUCUUCUUUGUGGAUGCCCGCGUGGAGGACGCUUUGGAUGCUUUGGGCCGCCUGGCUGGAUCUCUGCGGCGGAUGGCCCCGGGGGCUUCACUCGUGAUCGUGUCAGUGAAGAGUAACGUCGAGGUUCUCAGGGUUUCCAUCGCAGCCCUACGUGCAAGAUAUCCUGAGCUCCCAGAGGCUCGCCUCGCCACUUCUGGAUUGCACUUGGAGGACGGCGCUCGUCCACAUGCCAAUGCCUUGCUGCAGGAGAUCGCCGACAUUGUCACAGCUGGCGGAUGA